UGGCGCAGCGCACACGGGAGCGUGGCUGAGGCGGGCGGAGGUGAGCGCGGCGCCCUCUCCUGACAGGUGCCCGGCAGAGGCAGCGCCGACAGCGUUAGCCGGUCCCUGUGCACCCGGGUCCAUCCUCUGCCCGGUGUCGAGCCCUUGGCCGCGCGGCGGAGCGGGGCGAGGGCCCCCCGGGGUGGCGGGGCGAGGGGGGAGCAGCAUGAGCAGCGCCCGCGGAGCCGCCCGAAGAACAGCGGCGGGGACGGGGCUGGCGGUGAGUCUCCUGCUGCUGGGCAGCAUCUGGAGUCCGGCGGAGGCCCAGCUCACCGGAGUGUUGGAUGACUGCUUGUGUGAUAUAGAAAGCAUUGAUGACUUCAAUACUUACAAGAUCUUCCCCAAUAUACAGAAACUGCAAGAACGAGACUACUUCAGAUAUUACAAGGUUAAUCUUAAAAGACCAUGUCCAUUCUGGGCUGAUGAUGGCCAUUGUUCUAUCAGAGAUUGUCACGUAGAGCCUUGUCCUGAGAGUAAAGUACCAAUUGGAAUUAAAGCUGGGAGUUCUAAUAAAUACUCAAAAAGAGCAAAUAACAGCAAAGAUUUGGAAGACUGUGAACAAGCUAACAAACUGGGAGCAAUUAACAGUACUCUAAGUAACCAAAGUAAAGAGGCUUUCAUUGACUGGGCAAGAUAUGAUGAUUCACAGGACCACUUUUGUGAACUUGAUGAUGAGAGAUCUCCAGAUGCGCAGUAUGUGGAUUUGCUGCUGAAUCCAGAACGUUACACUGGAUACAAAGGACCCUCUGCAUGGAGAGUGUGGAACAGCAUCUAUGAAGAAAACUGCUUCAAGCCUCGAUCUGUCUAUCGUCCUUUAAAUCCAUUGGCACCCAGCAGGGGGCAGGAUGAUGGAGAAUCUUUCUACACAUGGCUAGAAGGUCUUUGUCUGGAGAAAAGAGUAUUCUAUAAACUAAUUUCUGGACUUCAUGUUAGCAUCAACUUACAUCUCUGUGCAAAUUAUCUUCUUGAAGAAACCUGGGGGAAGCCUCGUUGGGGACACAAUGUCAAGGAGUUUAUUCAUCGCUUUGACCCUAUUGAAACAAAAGGAGAAGGACCAAGGAGGCUAAAGAAUUUAUAUUUCUUAUAUUUGAUUGAGCUGCGUGCUUUGUCAAAAGUUGCACCAUACUUUGAGCGUUCAUUUGUAGACCUUUACACUGGAAAUGUCCAAGAAGAUGCUGAAUCUAAAACCCUCUUGCUAGACAUCUUCAGAGAUACAAAAUCCUUUCCAAUGCACUUCGAUGAAAAGUCCAUGUUUGCAGGAGAUAAAAAAGGGGCCAAGUCAUUAAAGGAAGAAUUCAGGUUGCAUUUCAAAAAUAUAUCCCGCAUAAUGGAUUGUGUUGGAUGCGAUAAAUGCAGAUUGUGGGGCAAACUGCAGACUCAAGGCUUAGGAACUGCUCUAAAGAUUUUAUUCUCUGAAAAAGAGAUUCAGAACCUUCCUGAGAAUAGUCCGUCAAAAGGUUUUCAACUCACACGUCAAGAAAUAGUUGCUCUCAUAAAUGCAUUUGGAAGGCUUUCCACAAGUAUAAAAGAGUUGCAGAAUUUUAAACUUUUAUUACAACAUACUAGGUAAUGAUGGUUUUUACACAUCACAGUAGUGCUGACCGUUAACUGACUGCAUCAAGCAAAAAGAAAUCAAUCCUUACAGGACUUAUAUUACAAGCUGAUUUAAAAAAAUUUAAAAUUCAGAUACCAACUUGAAUAUUUAUGUUUAAAAUAGGAAUAGUUAUUAAUUAGAAAAGAUAUUUAUGAAUGAGGUAUAUAGUUUUAAACACAUAAAUUAUGCUGAUCUCCUGUCUGUUGUAUCGC